AGGGGCGGGGGAGGCGGCCCCGGGCCUGGGGAGGGGGAGGGGAGCGCCGCCGCGGAGGCUGCCCAGGCGGAGGGUCAGGGGGGCGGUGGCUGCGGAGCGCAGACCCCGGCGGGGCCAGGAGGGGUGGAGCGGGCGGGCUGUGGGCAGGGGCGGGACCGGGGGCGGAGCUGGGGAGCCAGCCAGCUCCGGUGGGGAGAGAGGGCGGAAGGCGGAGGGCGAGGGAGAGGGGAGCGGUGCAGGGACCGCUGCCAGGGAGGCUGUCGGGGCGGGGGGAGGAAUGGGAGGGGAGUCUGCUGGAGGAUGGGCAGGGGACCCGCAGGAGAGGGAGCCGCCGUGGGGGCUUGGAGGGCAGGGUGUCCGGCCCUCGGAAAGCCCCGCGGGGGAGGGGCGAUGGUCUUGAGGUCGGGUUCUGGGGUGAUGCUCUCAAGAGCUCUUUCCUGCCUCCGGGGAGGACCCUCCUCCGAGGGCCUCCCCAACCCGAGGCCCCAGAAGUGAUACCUCCGGCCCCCCCAACCCCACCCCAGGCUGGCUCCUGUUUCACCAGCUCCUGCGAUGACAACUGGAGUGCCGAAGAGACGAAGUUUCCCGCUCCCCAGCUCAGGUCUCCCACUCUCCACCCUCUCCCCAGAGAGUCGGUGGAUUUCUGACCCCCCAGGCAAGGGCCCUGGGGAGGAGGGGGUGGUGGUGGGGAGAGCUGAUGGGCUGGUGCUGGACCCCAGAAACCUGCAGGGUCCGUGGCCGGAUCCCCAGGAGGAGUCACCCUGGGUUGCCAUGAGAGAGAACUUGGAGGCCCUCAGCUCCCUGGGACUCUCUGUGGGACAGCCGGAGAUGACCCCCCAAAGUGAGCCUGGGGAAGGGUCCCAUGACGCCCAGGAGCGCAUGUCCCCUCCCCGAGAAGAGAGAGUGCCGGGUACAUGCUCAGGGCACGAGGCCCCCAGACCGGAGAAAGGUGCCCACAGGGAACAAGCUGAAGCUCCCUGCAGAGGAGGCCAGGUGUGUGCACCACGCAAACCCGAGCCCAUGGGCUCCUGCCCAGGGGAUGAGUGGAUGAUUCGGAAGGUGAAGGUAGAGAAGGAGGAGGAUCGGGAGGCCCACGAGGAGGCAGAAUGGCCCCAGCAUCUGGCAUUACGCCCCAGCCCCUUUCCCCCGCCGGACCUGGGGUCUCUGGCCGCCGCGUAUAAGCUGGAGCCGGGGGCCCCAGGGACACUGGGUGGGCUCGCCCUGGCCGGGUGGGUCCCGACCGCCUCGGAGAAGCCCUACGGCUGCGGGGAGUGCGAGCGCCGGUUCCGGGACCAGCUGACCCUGCGGCUACACCAGCGGCUGCACCGCGGCGAGGGCCCGUGCGCCUGCCCCGACUGCGGCCGCAGCUUCACGCAGCGCGCGCACCUGCUGCUGCACCAACGCAGCCACCGCGGCGAGCGGCCCUUCCCCUGCUCGGAGUGCGACAAGCGCUUCAGCAAGAAGGCGCACCUGACCCGCCACCUGCGCACGCACACCGGCGAGCGGCCCUACCCGUGUGCCGAGUGCGGCAAGCGCUUCAGCCAGAAGAUCCACCUGGGCUCGCACCAGAAGACGCACACGGGCGAGCGGCCCUUCCCCUGCCCCGAGUGCGAGAAGCGCUUCCGCAAAAAGACGCACCUGAUCCGCCACCAGCGCAUCCACACGGGCGAGAGGCCCUACCAGUGCGCGCAGUGCGCCCGCAGCUUCACGCACAAGCAGCACUUGGUGAGGCACCAGAGGGUGCACGCGGCGGCCGGCCGCACCCCGCCCUCUCCCGACGCGCCCGCCUCGCCCACGUCCCCUGCCCCGUCCCCCACCCCCUCCCCUGCCGGCCCCAAGCCUUUCGCCUGCUCCCACUGCGGCCUGAGCUUCGGCUGGAAGAAGAACCUCGCCACGCACCAGCGCCUGCACAGCGGCGAGGGGCGCCCUUUCGGGUGCGACGAGUGCGCUCUAGGCGCCCCUGUGGACCCCGCGGCCCCCGAGCCCUUGGCCUGCGCGCCCCGAGGCACACCGGCGCUCCCGGGCGCUCCGGCCGGCGAGCGGUCCUUCCUCUGCCCCGAGUGCGGGCGCAGCUUCGCCCACGGGCAGCACCUGGCGCGACAGCGGCGGGUCCACACGGGCGAGCGGCCCUUCGCCUGCGCGCAGUGCGGCCGCCGCUUCGGCUCGCGGCCCAACCUGGUGGCCCACUCUCGGGCGCACAGCGGCGCCAGGCCCUUCGCCUGCGCGCAGUGCGGCCGCCGCUUCAGCCGCAAGUCGCACCUGGGCCGCCACCAGGCGGUGCACACGGGCAGUCGGCCCCACGCCUGCGCCGUGUGCGCCCGCAGCUUCAGCUCCAAGACCAACCUGGUCCGCCACCAGGCGGUGCACACGGGCUCCCGCCCCUUCCCCUGCCCGCAGUGCGGCAAGAGCUUCAGCCGCAAGACCCACCUGGUGCGACACCAGCGCGUCCAUGGAGGAGCCGCCCACCCGGCCUCCGGAGCUGACCUCUCGAGCCCAGCCUGGCCUACGCCCACCGACGUGGCCGCACCCGCGCUCUUCUUCUGAGCUUCGUUCUAGCCCGGACCCGGGCUUUCCCUACGUUUGCUCCCUGGUUCCAGAGACCCAUGCCGGACAUCUCCUGGGCACCGUGGCCUGGAUUGCCCGUGGCCAUUUUCCUCUCUUCUCCAUCCUGCAGGGGGAAAGCCUGGAAAGGAUACCCGGCUUUGACCUUCUGUGUCAGAGACAGGGCUAAGAGUAAACCCUUGAUGGGAACAGUUUAGGCCUGAGUCCUUGGAAAUGUCCCACUAAGAGACCCCAUGGAAAGAUGAUGCUUCCUGGACCACUCCCAACGGAGGACUGAGUCAGGAACCAAUACAGGGGCAGGGAAAGAAUGGCGAUCUGUAUACUGAAAGUUUCAUUAAAAUUACAAUCCGAAGGUU